CGACCAACCCUGAUUCGUUGACAUUUUAUCGUUUUCGGUAGAGAGCGUAAAAUUAGCUUAUUUUUAUGUUAUAAUUGCAAUUAAUUAACGCGCUCACUGUGACUACGCGUAAUUAGAUAGUGAUAUGUAUAGAGAGUAGACAUUGUGCUAUUUAUUUGUGUAAGAUAAUUGUAUGUGCUAGCACUAUGGCAUUUACUGCGGAGGAAGUCGCGAGACGCUAUCCGAUCCACUGGUUAGUGUGGAAUAAUCAGCAUGAAGAGCUGAAAACUCAGCUGGACGCCAACAAGUUUACACAAGAAGAGUUAGAAACCAAAGACUGUAGAGGGCGCACUCCUCUGUUGCUGGCAGUGACGCUCGGUCACUUGGAGACGACGCGCGUGCUCAUUGAGGCCGGCGCUGAUGUCAACUGCGAGAAAGAUGGCUGGACUGCGGUCCAAGAAGCAACUUCAACGGGUAACCCGGAGCUUCUCUCGAUGGUGCUAUCACGGCGAGACUACCAGCGCCACGUGCUGCGCUCUGGCGGUAUACCGGACUUACUACGCCGGCUCAGUCUCGCGCCAGACUUCUACGUGGAGAUGAAAUGGGAGUUUACUAGUUGGGUACCCUUAGUAUCACGUAUGUGUCCGUUCGACACAUACAAAGUGUACAAGCGCGGUGGCAACGUGCGCGUCGACACUACACUCGUUGGUUUCGACAAUAAUCGAUGGCAGAGAGGGGAUAGGACAUAUAUAUUCAGAGGACAGGGUCGCACAGCAAGUUUAAUGGAGUUAGACCAUGAACUUGGAACGUCAUGGUGCGAGUAUUUAGAACCGAUGUCUGGGGACAGGGAGUGGCCCGCGCCGCCCCCGCAUGUCAUAGAGCAGCGCCUGGCCGCGCCGCUUGCCAUCAACUACUUGGACACCGACAAAAUUAGCUUCGAAAGAAAUAAGAGCGGUAUAUGGGGCUGGCGGCAGGACAAGACAGAAAAUGUAAAUGGCUACGAGUGUAAAGUGUUCGGGGCCAACAACGUGGAGCUGGUGUCGAAGACUCGCACGGAGCACGUGAAGGGCGCAGGCUCCGGGGGCGCGCGCCCCGCGCACUCCGCCCCCCGCGCUCCGCUGGCGGGCCUACUAGCACUCGCAGACCCUGAAGCACACUCUCCUUUGUUACCCGAAAAGUCGCCUCUACAAGACGAGUCCCCGAGCCCCCGCAGUAGCAGGUCCCGCGAGGACCUGACCUACAUCCCCGUUACAUGGGAGGAAUACUUCUCCGACCAGGAGCUAGAUAGAGACAUCGGGAGACCACGGGAGGUGGCCACUAAGGUUCAGAAGUUCAAAGCGACGCUCUGGCUCUGUGAGGAUUAUCCUUUGGAGCUACAAGAACAAAUAAUGCCGAUCCUCGACCUAAUGGCCGCUAUAUCGUCUCCACACUUCGCCAAACUAAAAGACUUCGUCCAAAUGCAGCUGCCAGCCGGCUUCCCUGUUAAAAUUGAAAUCCCCCUCUUCCACGUGCUAAACGCGCGCAUCACAUUCGGCAACAUAUUCGCUACUGAGACGCCAGUCCCUUACAUUGAAUGUAUACAAGAAGGGGAUCGAUUGUCCUGUCUAGUGGACGACCAGUGCUUCUCCAUCGGACGUGGCUAUAGAGACUCUGCGGGACCGGACGAGAGACUCGCUUGUGGAGUCGAUGAUGAAGAAGGGUUGUUGCAAUAUGCGAUACAACAGAGCUUAAUGGAGACUGGGACGCAGGAUGAUCAGGUGGACGUAUGGGAGGCGCUCCGCGGCGCGCGUCCGUCGUCCCCCGCGCCGCCGCGCAUGCGCGCCACCGACACGCAUCUACUCGCGCACGAGGAGAGGCAGUUACAGAGAGCGAUAGAGGCGUCCUUAGCGUCGGUGUCAUUGACCCCGAGUUCACCGGAAGCCCCGAUAGUUGAUGAUGAAGUGGACCUCGAUACGGACGGCGAUGCAGAGCUAGCGGCCGCCUUAGCGCUGUCGGCGAGGGAACAGGCUUCUAGAGAUAUGCAGCUCGCAGCGGAACAGAAGGCCUUCGAUGAAGCGCUGAGGUUGUCGCUGCUCGAUAAGUAAUGAUUUAGAUCUCAAUUUAACAAGUGUGUAUGAAGCGUCCAACCAAAAUAAGACUUACGCCUAACGUACUUGUAGUAAGUAGAUACUAUUUAUACUUCACAGUCGGGUCCCUGUGGCAAAUCCAAUUCGUUUCUGAAGUACACGAUUAUAGCCUUUAUUUCGAAAAGUAAAGAACUCAAUAUUGAGACUUGUAAUUUGUUAAAGGUAGCUAAGAGGUUUUGUUUUAAAAAGCAAAUGGAAUUUGACAGGGACUGUGGCUCCUUAGUUUUUUUGACUGUAGAAUAUUUAUUCGUCGUUAUGUAAUAAUUAUUAUAAUAGUGUACAUUUAUUAUGUUGUGUAUGUAUACUAAAUACACUAAAUAUUGUCACAAGCUAAGUACAAUUGGCAAAGUUGAUUGACGACUGGGUAGGUGUAUAGAAAAGUAUGUUUACUUCAUCCUUCAUGCAUUCAUACGGAGUGAGUUUUAAACUGUUGUUCUUAAUGAGAUAAUAUACUUUACAUAUUACAUAUUUAUGUCUUUACAACAUCGGGCCUUAUGGUAUCUCAGUAA